ACAAUCAGUAGAUGGCGAUCUCUAGUUUUGCAACAGAUGUUUUUCACUUGCCGAAUAUAAAGUUGACCAGCGAUUCUAGAAGUAUUUUGAGGAAAAUUGAAUUAAAUUAAUAAAUAAAAGGAGAAUUAAAAUCAAGAAACAGUGGAUAAAUUAGCGAGAAAUAUGAAUAAGCACCUUUUUAAAAAAUAUGGAGCGCAAACCCCGAGCACGUCGGCAGCGGCAGUACCGAUAAAAAAGGCAAAAUAUGCGACCGAAAAUAGAAUCCUCUUAGAAAACAGCUCAAGACGCGUUAGUGUGGCCAGUGAAUGCACUAUAGAAUCACGGAGAAUAAGCGUAUCAACAUCGGCCAUACAAACAAAUGAAACCAACCAAGAAGUUUUCCAAGUUGUGUGUUGCAGUCACUGUAACGUGUUUGAAAAACAACUGCAAGCAAUGGAUAAAAAAAUAGAAGUCCUGCACAAUGUGGUGGAAACCCAAAACGCCGCGAUCAUGGAUGCAAUAGCCGGGCAAAAGGUGGCUACAGAGCAACUGGAGCGUCAAGAAGCGCAAAAUACAGCAGUCGUCAAAUACUUUCCGGUAUGCGAUAUACCUGAAAUGCAAGCGUUGGAAUUCAAAAUAACUUCUGCCAACAGAGAUAUUUAUGAGGUUGCUAUUUCAUCCAUUUUAUGCAACAACAUUAAAAAUAUUUCAUCGCUACUAAAAAUAGAGGUAAUCAACCAAUUAAAUGUGGAUGGAUCUCAUGGAAAGGUUGGACUUAAAUCCUUUCCAAACUUUUAUGGUGCACUUGCAGGUGUUAAAAGUUUUUAUUUACAAUUUUACACACAUAUGUACAUGGAAAAUUUUUUUCCACUUUCAGGAGCCAUUGCUAAAAUGCCGUUUAAGGGAUUGACGCCGGAGACACUGUCAGAAACGCACUUAAAUUUGAAAAGGCAAAAUUUUUCAAAAAGGCAUAUCGACAAAAGAAAAAAAAUUCAGAAAACUAAUUUUUAAGUUAAUCAAAUUUAUAAAUUGGAAUUCUUUUAUUAUCCAUCUCAAAGAAGCACAUGCACAAA